CGGUGGAGGUGCCAGUAUGGAGGCUGUGGAGGAGUUGGAUAUCGAUGUUGAGGGGGACUCGACGGUGGGACCCGCUGCGGAAGCGCAGCCUGGAGGUUACCAAUAUCCAUCAUCCAGUUUACUUCAAGAUCACUACCUUGAUUCCACUUGGAGAACAGAUGUGGUUCUUCCUUGGAGUCUUGAUAGUACAAUUAGUGAAGAAAACAAGGCUGCCAUUGAGAAGAUGCUUCUGGAAGAAGAAUAUUAUUUGUCUAGCAAGUCGCUUCCAGAAAAAAAUUGGCACGAGCUGAAAGAAAUUGAUAAAAAAUGUACAAAAAGUCCACACAAGAAAGAAACAAAAAUCAUGCUUCGUUCACCUAUCACAAAAUCAGCAACUAGUUCACUGAAGUGGACAACAGAAGAAAAGGAAAAGUUUGAAGAAGGACUGGCUAAAUUUGGCAGAAGAUGGACAAAAAUUGCUAUGAUGAUUGAAAGUCGCAACGUUCUUCAAGUAAAGAGCUAUGCUAGACAAUAUUUUAAAAACAAGGCAAAAAGUGAUGGCUUGGAAAAAGUGAAACAGCAGCAACAGCACGUUGGUGCUCCUCUUCCACAAAGCAACGAGGAUGAUGGAAGGAAGGAGGUGACAUGGGCACCAGAGCACUUAAGAGGUCGAGCAGACCCUAAUUUAAAUGCAGUGAAAAUUGAAAAAUUAUCAGAUGACGAGGAAGUAGACAUUACAGAUGAAAUGGAUGAACUUUUAUCCUGUGAGCAUCUGCAAGAAUCUGGAAAGCCUGAGAUAUUAGAUAUUCCAAAAAGCCCAUCUGAGCAAAGCAAUUGGACAGAACCUGUUUUGGAUUCUGCUUACCACAUGUCUGCUGUUGUCUUAACCAGGGACGUUACAAAGCCAGAGCAAAACACAGAUGAAACUGCAGUCUCCUGCUCUGAGAAUAAAGAGCAUCAGACUAUAAAAAUGGAGAAUCAGAAGUGUGACGGAACAGGGACUUCUGAAAGUCCCGACUGGUUUCCUAGUCCAGAGCUUUGUGAAGAACAAAAGAACACAACUGACAGCAGCAUUCAUUUCCUUCCUUCUGAGCACCUUGGGGAUGAAAAUCGGAUGGAUGCAGAGGAGCUUAAGUCACCAGAUCAAGAAAUAGCAAUAGAUAGAGGCAUUAUAUUAGAAGAAGAAAAGCAAGCAAUUCCAGAAUUUUUUGUUGGACGUCAAGCCAAAACACCUGAGCGCUAUUUGAAAAUUAGAAAUUAUAUUCUGGACCAAUGGGAAAGAAUCAAACCAAAAUACCUGAACAAGACAUCGGUACGUCCAGGGCUGAAAAAUUGUGGUGAUGUCAACUGCAUUGGACGAAUACAUACAUACCUGGAAUUAAUAGGAGCAAUUAACUUUGGCUGUGAGCAAGCCGUGUAUAAUAGACCACAGACCGUUGACAAAAUACGUCCCAGGGAAGGCAAGGAUGCCGUUGAUGCGUAUCAGCUCGUGCAACGCCUGCAAUCCAUGCGCACGAGGAGGCGACGUGUGAGAGACCCAUGGGGAAACUGGUGCGACGCCAGAGAUUUGGAAGGACAGACGUUUGAGCAUUUCUCUGCUGAGGAGCUAGCAAAGAGGAGAGAAGAUCAGAAAUAUAAACUAUCAAAAGCAUUUAAAGGACAAAGGCACACCAAAAGUUCAUUUGAUCCCUUUCAGCUGAUCCCUUGUUGUUCCUACACAGAAGAAAAACCAGAGCCAUUCAAAGUGACAGUAGCUGCAGAAGCACUUCUGAUUAUGGAUUUGCAUGCUCAUGUUUCAAUGGCAGAAGUAAUUGGUUUGCUAGGUGGAAGAUAUUCUGAAACUGAUGGAAUAGUUGAAGUCUGUGUAGCAGAACCCUGCAAUAGCCUUAGUACAGGAUUGCAGUGUGAAAUGGAUCCAGUAUCUCAAACUCAAGCAUCAGAGACACUCGCUGCUAGAGGUUACAGUAUCAUUGGAUGGUACCAUUCCCAUCCUGCUUUUGACCCUAAUCCUUCCAUACGGGACAUUGAUACCCAGGCAAAAUACCAGAGCUAUUUUUCCAGAGGUGGCUCAAUGUUUGUUGGAAUGAUUAUAAGUCCUUACAAUCGAAAUAAUCCUCUUCCCUAUUCUCAGAUCACUUGUCUUGUAAUUAGUGAUGAGACUAGCUCAGAUGGAUCCUACCGCCUGCCAUACAAGUUUGAAGUGCAACAAAUGUUGGAAGAACCUCAGUGGGAGCUAGUAUUAGAAAAAACACAGUGGAUAAUUGAAAAAUACAGACUCUCUCAUAGUUGUGUGCCCAUGGAUAAAAUCUUCCAUAGAGAUUCAGACCUAACGUGUUUGCAGAAGCUUUUGGAGUGCAUGAGGAAGACUUUGGACAGUGUAGCCAAUAGCUUCAUUGCUGAAGAAUUCCUGACACAGUUAGAAAACCUGUUCCUUUCAGCCUACCAAAAUGAGGAAUGGACCGAUACUGCUGAGGAAAAUAGCAUGUGUCCAAAUGACCUGCCAACAUGAUAAUACUGGAAAGAAAAAUUGACCACUUUAUAAUGAAGUGGCCAUCGUUGAAUGUAACUGAAUCCAGUGCGGCUGAAGAAAAUUACUGUUAAUGAAAGACAGUAUGAAGCAAUCAUGGUGAACUAUCUGACCUCUGGCAUAACUUCUAAUCUUCUAAAAUUACAGUUAUACAGCAGGAAAAUGAACCAUUUACCAGCCCACCACUUAGGCAGAAGCUGUCCAUCACUCUAAAAAAUUGAAGCGAUAAUGUUUUACUUGGACCAAGCGCUAUUAGCUCGAUAUUGAAAUAAUUAUAUUGCCGUUCUGUUUAGGAAACACCACCACAUUAUGUUUCAUGUGUACUCCCUAGUUACUGUCACAUGCACUUCUAUUUUAUAAA